GUGGGGAAGCCGUUGCGCUUCUCGGGGAGGUAACCUCGGCUUCGUUGCCGCUGAGACGGCGCACUGAGGAACUCUCCCCUUCGGCCGUCUAAAACCGCUGACUGCCGUCAAGAUAUCCUUUCUGGGACACCGUAACCGAAACCCAUCUCGGAUCACCGUAAAGCGUCUAGAUUCCGUACCUGAUAACAGGCGUUAUUUCCUUCUUUCUUCACUUACAGGCCCUGCCCGUUCUUACCCCGUUGUGCCCCACCAUCCCAUUGAACUCGCAAGAUGAGAUCGUUCGCUAGAGCAUUGCGCCCUGCGGUGCGGAGGAGUGUGGCCGUGUCCGCUCCCAGGAUACGGCAGCCGUUUGUUGCCCAAUGCACCCGCCCCCUUUCCACAACCGCCUCCCGCCGGGACCCCAACCUUGCUGAUGUUGCCCCAACACCUAUUACACAUUUCUCCGAGGUCGAGACGGCCAUGGCCGAGACGGUACAGAAGUUCGCCAACGACGUGAUCCUGCCCAAGGUACGCGACAUGGAUGAGGCGGAACAGAUGGACCCAACAGUCGUGGAGCAGCUGUUCGAGCAGGGCCUUAUGGGUAUCGAAAUCCCCGAGGAGUACGGGGGUGCGGGCAUGAACUUUACCGCCGCCAUCGUCGGGAUUGAGGAGCUCGCCCGUGUCGACCCCUCUGUGUCGGUCAUGGUGGAUGUACACAACACACUGGUCAACACGGCCGUGAUCAAGUGGGGUAGCGAGUCGCUCAAGAAGAAGUAUCUUCCCCGCCUUGCGACCAACACCGUGGGGUCCUUCUGCUUGUCGGAGCCCGUCAGCGGCUCUGAUGCGUUUGCUCUCGCAACGAAAGCCACCGAGACGGAGAGCGGGUUCAAGAUCAACGGCAGCAAAAUGUGGAUCACCAACAGCAUGGAGGCUGAGUUCUUCAUCGUGUUUGCCAACCUCGAUCCCAGCAAAGGCUACCGGGGGAUCACCGCCUUCAUUGUCGACAAGGACACGAAGGGCUUCAGCAUUGCCAAGAAGGAGAAGAAGCUUGGCAUCAAGGCAAGCAGCACUUGCGUGCUCAACUUUGACGAUGUCGAGGUGCCCAAGGAGAACCUUCUCGGCGAGAGGGGCCAGGGGUACAAGUACGCCAUCUCGCUGCUGAACGAGGGCCGCAUCGGCAUUGGCGCACAGAUGACGGGUCUCGCUCUCGGAUCUUGGGAGAAUGCUGUCAAGUACGUGUGGAACGACCGCAAGCAGUUCGGCCAGCUGGUAGGCGAGUUCCAGGGCAUGCAGCACCAAAUCGCGCAGUCCUACACCGAGAUCACUGCGGCCCGCGCGCUCGUGUACAAUGCCGCCCGCAAGAAGGAGGCGGGCGAGAACUUUGUUAUGGACGCGGCCAUGGCCAAGCUCUAUGCCUCGCAGGUAGCUGGGCGUGUGAGUGGCCUGGCUGUUGAGUGGAUGGGCGGUAUGGGCUUCGUGCGUGAGGGCCUCGCUGAGAAGUUCUGGCGCGAUAGCAAGAUCGGCGCCAUUUACGAGGGCACGAGCAACAUCCAACUCAACACCAUUGCGAAGACGCUCCAAAAGGAGUACACCGUUUAACGGCGCGCAACGUGCGCAAAACCUCGGUAUCAUUGAAACGGAGUUCGGCAAGGGCGAUCAGGGUAACGGGGCCUCGGUUGAAUAGGUACUUUCAUAUAGACCAACAAUGCUAGCAUUUCGACGGGACUGUGACGC